GAGAGGGCAUAAUCUGAGAAACAUCCAUUAAAGACGUCAGAAAUGGCACAGACAACUCAGCCUAGGGAUGCAAAAGUCAUCUCGCUGAUCCUUCAGUCACUCUCAGUGGAGGAUACUGAGCAAAAAGUCAUUCAUCAAUUACUCGAGUUCGCGCAUAGAUAUACCACGGAUGUUUUUCAGGAUGCACUUCUCUACUCUGAACAUGCAGGCAGGACCGAAGUCGGACUAGAGGAUGUGAAGUUAGCUAUCCAGGGCCGUGUUAACCAUUCCUUCACAUCACCGCCGCUCAAAGAGUUCUUGCUCGAGCUUGCAGAAGAAAAGAAUAAGGUCCCUCUUCCUUUAAUCCCAGAAAAAUACGGUAUCCGAUUGCCUCAUGAACGACAUUGUCUUACAGCAGUCAAUUUUCAACUUAUUCCAGAGCUACCGCCAUCGGGUGUUCAGCGUCUUUCAUCAGAUGCUAUAAGCACGUCAAUAGGAGGAAGAGGAGUAGGAGAAGCGCCAUUGGCGUCACCGUUAUCAGCAGAACCACCAUCACUAUUCAAAGUUAAGAGUGAAGACGAGGACGAAGAUGAGGAAAUGAAAGAUGCUGUUGUGGAGCAGUCGUUGACACAGAAUCAGCAGAAUCUGCUAAACCAUGAUCUUUGGAAACGCAAACGGGCUGAGGAUGAAGACAAUUACGAUGAAGAAUAGCUAAGAGAUAUUACUAUGGAUAAACUGCAUUUUGUAC